AUGUCUCAGGGUGGCCAUAACCCAGAUGACAGCAACAGUGUCCACGCUGAGUUGACUACCUGUCAGGGCUCCCAACUCCAUCACUUUCAAGAAGCUGUGCCUCUCCGGUCAGCGGCACUUUUGCUGGCGUCCAUCCAACCCCGUGGGUCUCCAAGCAAAGUUGCUUUGCAGAACCUUCUUAUGUGUGUCAUUCUCUUCUACACUGUGUACUAUGUGGUUGUGAGCAUGGGCUGCUUGUUGCUUGCGGCGUAUGAAUUCGACGUCCUGGCACCAUUUGACUUCAAAACAAAUCCCUCAUGGCUCAACACAAAUUAUAAAGUUCUUUUAGUCUCAACAGAGGCCACCUACUUUGUUUGUGGACUGCUUUUCGUUCUUAUGGUGGAAGAACAGGUGUGGGACUAUGCUAUAUCAGUAACUGUUCUCCAUGUUGCCAUCACUUCAAUGAUUAUGUUGGAAUUCCCUUUGACAUCACAUUGGUGGGCUGCUUUAGGAUCUGGCUUAAUUUCAAUGAUAUGUGGAGGCCAGACUUUAGCAUACUGUUCGUUCAAAGACAACUUUAUCUAUCUGGAACUGGAUGACUUUUAA